AUGAAUUAAUCAUCUUAUAAUUAGCAUUAGUCUCAUGCAAAUAAUUAGAUUGAUUAGCAUGACUAAGAAAUACAUGGUUAAAGUAAUUAAUCUAAAGUAAAAGUUUUUAAUACUAAAUUAGUAACAAUAAUAAUCACACCCUGAAAUGCAAAAAUAAUCAUAAGUAAGUCUAUAAAUUUAAUUAUAAAGCCUUCUUAACAUUAACAUUUGCACAAUGACUAGUCUCAUCAUCAACAUUCGAAUCAUGGUCAUAUGGAUGGAGAUCAUGAAAUUCAUCAUGCAAGCAAUGAUCAUCAUGAGGAUCAUUACAACCCUUUAUAAAUGCCUUGUGAUUGGGAAAUAGCAAGAAAACAUGCAUUGUCAAGACGAACGGCAUAAGAAAAAAAGAAGGAUCCUCUGAAAACAUUAUAAAGUAGAAUUUGGUUAUGAAUAAAUAGUUGAAACAUGCCCUUGUUGUGGAUUUGAAGUAGAUAGAGAAGAUAUUCCUUAUUGUUCAGAUCCUAUGGCUUUAUCUUUUUUAGGAUCAGGUUUCACGUUAUUUUAUAACUAUCUCAGAUAUUGCAUAAUUAUCCUCUUUAUUUAACUUUUAGUUAAAUAAUUGCAUAAUUUAUAUACUAACUUUAAUGGUUCUUAUUGCAGUCAUAUAAAAAGAGAAAAGAUGGAAGGACAUAUAAUAGAAGAACCAUAUUGUCCAGAAAGUAUAUUUUUACGACUAUCUUUGGCUAACAAACUUGAGUAAUUUAAAAUACUUAAAAUAGUAACCGAGAAGCCCUUGAAAUGAUGCAAGUCUUAAACUUUAUUAGUAUUUUCAUAAUUAUGUUUGUUCUGAUAUAUUUUAGAAAAAGCCAAAGAUAAAUUGAUACUACUAUUGAUGAAGAACAAUUGACACCUGCAGAUUAUACUAUAUGUGUUAAGAAUAUUCCAACAGGAUUAAGUGUGGAUUAUAAAUAUGAACUAAAAAAUUUAUUUGAAAAUUAUUCCAUUUUGGAUUCAACUAAAUAAAUUAUAGUUAGAAAAGUAGUUUUAGUUUAUGAUAUAGAAGAAAUAAUUGAACUUGAAAAAAAAUUAGAUUAAUUAUUAUAAUCGAAAAAAGAUGCGAUAAAAUAAUCUAAUUUUAAUUUUCAUCAUGAAAGUGUUAAAAAGAUUGAUGAAGAAAUUGAACAUUUAGAACAUUAAAUCCAUAAGAUUGAGGAAGAAUAUGAAACUCAUAAUACAAAUUUUUCAGGAAUUGCCUUCAUAUCUUUUGAUGAUGAAUCUAUGAAACAAUUAGUUUUAUAAGAUAAUCCUCAUACUUAAUGGGAAAGAAUGAGAUCUCAUAUCAAUAGAGGCUAAUUAAAGAGUCUCACUAAUAAUGAUUUAUAAUGGCAUGGCUAAAAAUUAUUUUUAGAACAAGCACCUGAACCAAAUGAUGUAGAUUGGGAAUUUAUUCAUAUUACUACUAGUGAGAAGAUAUUUAAAAGAGUAAGAGCUUGGGUAUAUUAUAUUUUAUUUGAAAGUGCUGCCUUUUUCAUUAUAUAUUUAAUAUCUCAUCGAUUAGCUUUAUUGGGUGAUGAAGCACAUGAAGAAGAAUUAAAAGGAAAAUUAGAUUAAGAUACUAAAAGAAAAAUAAAUAUAAUGUCAUUUAGUAUAUCUAUGACAAUAGUAUUAUUCAAUAAAUUUGGAGUAGCUAAAAUUGUUCAUUAUAUUGUUGAUGAUGAAAAAAUAUCAAAUAAAACAAAAUUCUAAAUAUCUUUCGUUUAUAAAUAUGCAUUAGCAUUAUUUUUAAAUGCAGCAAUUAUUAGUUUUUUAGUGGACAUUGUUAUUUUAAAGAAUGUUAAAGGAGCUGGAGGUUUCAUAUAAAAUGAAAGUCAAAUCUUUGUUCUAAAUGCAAUUUUUCCUCCAUUUAUUUGGUGUGUAGAUCCAUGGAGUUUAUGUAAGAACAUUUGGAGAAAAUAUAUUAUGUCAAAAGGAGAUAAAGCACUAUUAACUUAAUAAGAGGCCAACAAAUUAAUGGAAGAACCAGAUUAUCUUUCAGCAAAACGUUAUUCAGAUGUAAUGAAAACAAUGUGGUUUACAUUUAUGUACGGUACAGCAAUACCAUUAGGCACAUUAUUUAGUGCUUUUGGAAUUCUGAUCUAUUAUUUUGUAGAUUAUUAUAACAUUCUUAGAAGGAGAACUGUUAAAGAAUCUAUAAGUAUAUAGCUCUCGACAGGUAUAUAUAUGUUGAUUUAUUUUUAGAAAUGAUUGAAAUGUUAGAAUACAUUAUUGCAUGGUGUGCUUUUGGAGAAAUGAUAAUGACAUACACUUUUUUCAAAGAAGUUAGCAAAAUAGAUAUUUUACUUAUCGUUUUGGCAAUAUUAUAUUAAUAAUUGCCAAUGGAAGACAUAUCUGAAUAUCUCUUCCCUGUUGAAAACAAUGAGGAAGUAUAUAAUUCUUAUUUAUUUAGAUAAAACCAUAUGCUGAAGGAAGUGCAAGCUUUGAUACAGAUUAUGAUAGAGAAAAUCCGGUUACUAAACAUUAAGCUUUAGCUGAAUGGAAUAAAAGAUAAUAAAGUGCAGAUAAUCCACAUCCAAAGAAUUAAAAAAUCUUAGCUUAAUAAGAUGAAUUUGGAUUUGCUGGAGAUAGUCAUUUCGGUCGUAGGUGA